AUCAGUAAGACGAAACUGAUGAGCAGACGAGGAGAGGAUGGAUGUGGUUGGGGGUAUUCCUGUGGAGUGUUUGACACCCGGAGAAUUGGCAGGUGUCUGGUCAGGAUGGACCAGCAUGGGGGAUCGAGAGGUUGUCAGAGAGGCCUCCGCCAAAGGGAAUCAUAUCAACCUGGCAUUCAAAUUUCUUGGCUAUCGCAGGCACUGGACCGUUGCAGAGGCACAGAAAUAUUUUUAUUCAGAAGUCGAGGUUUGGAUUGGAGAACUCCUGGUGAAGAAACAAAUUCAUCGGGCGUCACACAUAUUGCAGAAAGUGGGAAAAAAUCCAAUAGUCUACAUCACCGAUAUCUGCAUAAAAAGCAGAGACCCGGAGCUGCGAGAUUAUUUAGCAAAUCAUGUAUUGAAGAAUAAGGGAUUUUCUGAGGAGCAGAUUGAUGCCUGGGAGACAAUAAAAUGUAUUAAAAAAUAUGAGACGAUUCAAUUGUCACGGGAUACCCUCGAUGGCCAUUCAAUUGAGAAAAUUUCCAUCGAAGAGAUGCUGAAUCUUCCCCAGAAUGUUAAGACUCCACUCUUGACGGAAUUAUAUUUCCAUACCUAUGAGACUUGCCUUGCAAAGAAUCUAAAAAGUUCUACAGUGUGGGAUUAUCUCCUCACUGAAGAUAAUAUCGAACUCCUGAUGAAGUGGAUUGACAGAAAAUUCGGGGAGGAACUGCAAGAGGUUAAAUCCGAUCUUAUCGAAGUAUUCGAUGGCUUGGAAAUAUCGAUGGAAAUGAUAGAACGGAUUGAACAAUCUAAUAUAUCCUUUCCCUUCAAAGAAUUAUUGCUCAAUCACUUGUGUAAAUACGGAAUUUUCAUCAACAGGGAGAGAAACGUAAUGGCUUUAACUCUUGCACGAUUUUUUAGUGCUGAAGUGACUCCCGAAAAUUUUAACAGAAUUUUAUCCAAAAGUUCGUGUAAUUUGGAUACAAACGAAUUUUCAAGAAAACGACAUUCUAUUUUAUUCUACCAAAAUGAAGAGAAUUCCGAUGAGAGUUUAUAUGUCCAGGAUCAGGAAUUAUUGAGAUCUUUGAGGAGAUUGAAUGAAUUUCAAGAUUCUUUCAAGGAAUUAAUCACAGGAAUUUGUAGGACAAUUCACAAAAUCUCCGAUGAGCCUCAGGAAUAUUUAAAAAAUCAGCCUCUACUCACAUUUUAUCUAGUUUUGUUGAAAUAUUUAGAGUCGAAAACCAGAGGAGAAAAUGCAGAAGAAUGUCCAAUAUUCGAAGAACUCUUAACUACUCAAACUUCAAUAAUUAUUGACGACAUCGAAAUCUCACCGGAAAUGAUGGCAGAUCUGCUCCAAAAAAUUCCAUACGUCAAAAACUGUCUGGAGAAUAAACGGAAGGAGAACGACAUUACCAUGUACCAUCUCCUGGAUGGUUACAAGAAUUUGAAUAUUCGUGAGUUAUUCAGGUGGAGAUUCGAGAACGAGCAAAUGCCUAAUUUUGCUAAUGCCAGUUUAAUAGAGAAGUAUGGACACAAGGAGACAUUGACUUACAAAUAUUAUCUGAAGGAGGCACGUCCCAGCAUGGCUGCAUACGUUCUGUUGAACCCUGAGGGGAAACAGGCUAAUUUAUCAUCUAAAAUGAAAUCGAAAAUUUCUUUUCAAGCUCACGAAUUCGCCCUGAAGAACUUAGACAGCCCAGAAAUCAUUUCCACCUGCAUUUGCUUCAUCGAAUUUCUCGGAAUCGAUUCAGAGUGUUUGAGGCUCCACGCAACUGCAGCCGACUACAUCCAGAGUAAACUAAACAUUUCGAUAAAUGACCUCCUCGAGUCCGUAGCCUAUCAGAACGCAAAAGAUUUGGGGAUUCUUUUGAACCAUUUGGAGGAGAGUUUUGCGGUAGAAUUCCCCUCAGUAUCAAUGGAUAACGUCAUCGAAUUCGUUGAGAGUUUAAAGGCCUGGGAAUUUAUCGUGAGAUUUGCAAGGGUUCACAACGUGCAGCCUCCAACAUCCUUUCUAAAGUAUUUAGCAAAGAGAAAUUAUUGGUUUGAGUUCGCCUUUAUUGGAAAUAUCUUUCGAUAUCAAUUGGAUCAAAUAUUGGAAAAUGCGGGAUUCUUCGAAGACCUGACAAUCCGCGAACACCUGAUGAUAUGUCUCAACAACUCCCACCUAACCCUGGUAACCAACUCAGGCCAUCAAAAACCUAAAUCUUCAAGACAAAACCAAAGAAAGCACAGCCACUAUCUUCCCAAUCCCUCACCCCUGAUCUCCCUUCAGAGUUCCCCAGAAUCUCCUCUAAAAAACGAUCCAUUCCUCACUUCCCACCAUCAGCCAUCCUUUGACCAGGACCUCUGGUUGACAAUCCUGAAGUGCCAUCAGAGUCAGGAUCCUCCUGGGGCACUCCUGAGAGAGGCCAAGGAAACCUCCUCAUCAGUGAUGAUAAUCCUGGCAGCUUGUUACGAGCCCUCGUCAAUGGCCUCCUACUGCUACUCCUGGCUCGUCGUCUCCAUUGAGAACAAAGACCUUCUCAACGACUACUCCGACUGCCUGAACGAUCAGAUCUGGCCAAUCCGAAGGAUUUCCGAGCUCUUCCGCAAACUAGUCUCCCUGGGAUACACCGACACCCUCUCCAAAGGCUUCGAGAUUUUCCUUCCAGAGAAUCCCAUCCAUCUGUUCUUUAAAUUUCUCCUCCAAUGCACCAAAUUCUAUGAAUUCGAGGAAAGCCAGAAGAUCCUAGUUGACUUCAUCAACACUUGCUCAAGUCUCAAUAGUAACAAAACCAUCGACUGGAACGACUCGGACAUCAGUUACCUCAACAACGAGUACUGGAUAGCAACAGUCUGCAUUGAGUGCAUUAUAUCAUCCCUGAAUUCCAGUUUUCUCAGUAUUCACCUCCAACAGAAAUUCCUGAGUCUUCUCGUCGACUGUAAUUUCAACGAGGAGGUGCAUAUAGACGAGCCUGACUUCCAGUCGCUUCUGGAGAUCAUCACGAUACUGUCAAAAACCACAGUGAAAAUCCAUUUCGAUCAAAUAAAAUUGUCUGAAGAGGAGUUUACAUUAACCCAGGAGAUCGAACGCUGCAUAAGACAAUUAGUGGAGAUUGAGGACUUUCAAAGUGCUCUGGAGCUUUCCAAAAUUGCCCACCUCCCCUGCUCCAGUAUUAUCCUCGAGCAAUAUAGAAACGAAUUCAAGAAACGUCUCUUGAGCGCCACCAGCAAAUCAGAUUCAGCAUUGUGGAAUAAAUGCGCUCACGACAUCAGAAAAUACGAAGUAUGCUUCGAGGAUGCUGCUGCAUUCUUCAUAGAGCACGCAGAGAAGGUUGAAUCUUACACAGAGAUGUACGAGAUCCUAGAGCUCGCUCUGAAGACAUUGAAACCGAUCUCCACGGAUCAGCAGACGAUCGACACUGUGGAGAUGGCGAUGUGGAAGGCGUGCAUCCUGGCAGGUCCAGCUGCGAUAGAGAUACUGAGAGAGAAGAAGCACUUCAACAAAUUAAAGACUGAGUUGCUGUCUGGGAUCAGCAAUCUGAGAGUCAGUUGCUCGCUGAACGACGAGUCUGAGGAGGAGGCGAUUAAUGCGCUGAUAAAUCGAUUCCUCAAUGUCGAUGAUCUCGAGACAGCCCUCAGGAUCUCUCGGAUAUUCAAUUAUAAACAUAAAAAUUUACAGAUUCUGAUGUUAUGUUUGUCUCUGGCUGAGGGGGAAUUGUCUCCAUCUCAGCUGUCACCUCAGCAUCAAUUAUUGCUGGAUGAUUCAAAUGUCAAGAAAAUAAGCCAGACCUCCACGUUGACCAAUCGGGGGCCUCAGAGGAGGCUAUCCGCUUCAUCAUCCUCUCCUCUGAAUUCCAGUAUCGAUGAUAACGACACAAAUUCAACGACUGACCAUCAAUUUGACUGUCUCUCAUUGCUGGAGAAAUUGGUGAAGAAUCUGGAGCAUGGGAGGGACGUGGGGAGCAAGGUCCUCGUACUUUAUAAGUUGUCUAUCUACCUGAAGAGGAGCUACAGGACACUACUGAUGUCUAGGGAUCCCAUGGAAUUGCUGUACGAGAUUACCAACAUCAAUCGUGCAAAUAAAUUUGCACUGAUGAGGGAAGUCGUCACGGCUUACAGAAUAAAGAACACUGAAAUCACCAAGUUCUGGGCUGGGGAGCUUGUGUUGCAUCUUACAAAACAGAUGGAGGAGAAUCUUGACGAAUCUAUGCUGAUGUGGGGGUAUCCUCUGCACGUCACCUUCACCUUGUCAACGGUUCUGUGUGAUGAUUCCUCGUCGCUGGGGUGGGAGCUACUGAAGGGUGCGUCAAUGAGGCUGGGGCAGUCCCUAGGAGCCCAGAGAGACGUCAACAUCCUCAAGAUUGUGGUUGAGCUGCUGAUAAGAGCUCACCACUGCUUCACAGCAUCCUGCUGCAUGGAGGGAAUCGCCUCAGUCCUCAGGAAGUGCCAGCAGUUCUCGAAUACUCUUCAAAGUCUCAAACUCUGGAGUCUGCUGGUGAGACUGAUGACUGGGGUUGGCAGAUUCACCGAGAUGAAUUAUAUCCUCCAGAUUUUACGGGAAAACGAUCAAUUUGAAUUCUUGUUGGGCAUUGGAACUGAUAAGGUCCCGGGUCUGAAGAUUGCAUUGUUGGAAUUCUGUAAAAAACAGUAUCCUGUGGAUAAGGAGCUGUUUAUUCUCGUGUCACAUCAUUUUCGGUUGUACAAUGAAAUUGCUGUCAUGUGGGAGAAUGAAGCCAAGGGAAUCAUUAGAGAGCUCAUCCGGGACACUAGAAGGGAGAAUAUCAGGACCUUGAUGCUGAAUCAGAGUGUCAAGUUCACGAGAAAUGAUGGGACUGAGAGGAAGCUCCAGUGUGCCAUGACGAAUUACACACAUGCCACUGAGUAUUAUGUGAGAGAUAAUAAACUGAAUCUGGCGAAUCAGUGCUGUCAUCAGGCACAGCUCGUGGCUCUUCAGAUUUCGUUGCUCAGUGCAGUGGCCCAGGGACAACAGGCACCCUGCUUGUUGAAUCUCACUACUGAGGAAAUCAAUAGAUCUAUCUGCCAGACUCUGACUUUUCCGCAGGCUCUCAUUCUCGUCCAGUCUUAUGCGCACAAUGCCGAUUGGUCCAGCGCUAUUUAUCAACAUGUCAUCAUUCAUGGUGAGGGAAAAUAUCUGAAAGAUUUUCUCGCAUCUAAGAGACUUACGAAUGCUAUAGCUCAGGACUGUGUUUACAGAUAUCGAACUGAAAAAGUGAUAACUAAACAGAUGACGUUGAAUAUGCAGAGUUUAAUCGUCGAGUUAAAUGAUAUUGAAGCCAAGUACGUAUUAGCGAGUCAGCUGGGAUUUAAGGAGAUUGUCGAGGGAUUAUUGGCAAAUGAUACCACUGGCUCUUAUUUGAAGGAUACGGUUUGGAAACAAGGUUUUAAUCCUCAGGAAUUCAUCGGCGAAAAAUUUCGCGGCUGACAUUAUUUCUGUUUGAAAAUAAUUGUAUAUUUUAACAAUCAACGAGCCAAAAUUGUAUUAUAGGGGAAAUUGUAUACGUUUUUAUAUUAAAAAAUUUCGUACUGAGUAAUACUGUGUAAUCAUGUGAACUAAUGACUGUAGGAGUUGUUUGAUAUGAAUCUGCAUGUCGUGACGCUGAAGUUCAAUGUAUCUGGAUCAGAGAUCCUCUGAUAAAAAUCUAGGUGAGGUCAAUUCAAUAGAAAUUACAUCACUGCGACUGUCACAGUUCAGUUGUCAGUCGUAAUCCCAUCACUGCAAGUGCACGAAUUAUCGUCAAAUAUGCAGCAGGACACAUUAUACUCGUUGAAUAAAUUCAAAUAUGUCGUUUUAGUUUUUUUAUGUCUCGUGGUUACUGAUAUUUCUGCUGAAGACAAUUCAGAAAUUAAUUCCACAACUGCGUUAACUACCCCAGAAACAGAUACCGCUAUUUCCACAGAUGAAAUUACAUCGUCUAGUCCAGGAACGACCGUUUCUACUAUUUCAGACGACGAAAUUGUGUCGUCAACUGUAGAAACGACCGUUCCGUCAACGACGAGAGGAGAAACAAUUCCGUCUACUUCAAUGGCAACAGAAAAAACAAUUCUCUUAACGGAAGAGAAAAAAAUUUCUACAGAUAACGAAUCAGAAAAUAUUUCUUCUGCUUCAGAGGAAAAUGUUACACAAAAGGCAACUGAUGCAAUCACUGGUGCAGUAGAGGCUUUUUCAAUGACAGAAAAGAUGAUUGUUGCUACGACUGAAGUGGAAACUCUUACCACUUCGAAAAUUAUAAAAAGUGAGGAUUUGAAAAUGGAUAAUUGCGCUUCACUGAGGGAUUGCAUGGAGUGCGUGAAGUCAAGUGAUUCGUGUAUUUGGGAGAUCGAUGAAAAUUUAUGUAAAUCUCCGAAUAGUGGAUUGGAUAAUUCAACUGGUAGUUUUGAAUCAAUUGAAAAUGAAAAUUAUUCUGGUGAAAUAAAUCGCAAAGGAGCAUCGUUUUGCCCCCGAAUAGUCACUUCGAGGAACAUAACUGUUCCUUCUGAUACCCAGAAGAUGGUAAAGAUUAAGGUUUCGAUGAAGCAUUUGUUCACGGUAGUGUUUCGAUUCACAUGUCGCUUCGGUGAUGGUCCUGAUGCCAUCAUCACCAGUGCAAAUCUGCUGGUGGACACCAUUUACUGCGGCAAUGCUCACUUUUCUUAUCCCAGUGACGAGCCGUUCGUUCAACUUCCUGUUUGGGUACUGUACGGCGGAAAAGAACUAUCGAAUCCGAAGGACAUCAAGCUGAUAAUCUAUAAAUGUCGAUUCAUGGCGGAUAACUGCAUCUCCUGCUUGUCUUUUGGGAGAAAUUAUGAGUGCGGGUGGUGUCCAGGUUCGUCGACUUGUGAAAUAGCUGGACAGUGUGAGGAAACAACAGUUGAGAAUUUAUGGAUUGGGAGAAAAGGACUUUGUCCGCAACUCACACAGUAAUUUCAUUUAGUAAGAAUUGAAUAUGGAAAUUGUUUAAUCCUCAGGAAUGCGUGUUUUUAUAUGAUACAAUUUUGUACGAAAUAUAUUACUCUAUUAUUAAAUGUUAUCCAUGUCA